UCAUGGCAGUGAGAAGAUGGAGAGCAAGCGGGCGAAACGGUCUGGCAAAGUUCCAGCAAAGUAUACCGACGAUGUAUAUGAAGUACCUGUCUCCAGACACGUUAAAAGAAAAGUUUCAGAACCGAUUGUGUCCACCACUGCAGUGAAGAAAGCAGUUGAGCAAGUGACAGAACCUACUGCGAAUGCUGAAAAAGUGAAGAAACAUCAUUCCUUAACCACUCAACCUGCACAACAGCUGAAGAAAGAUCAAACUGCUGCUCCUACAGUCCAGUCUGCACUGCAAAAUGCCAAACAGACGGUAGAGAUGCAGAAGAUGAAGAUAAAUAAUCUGGAAGAAAAGGUAGCAUCCUUAGUAGAGGAAAGGAAUUAUCUCCGUGAGAGACUUGAGGACACUCUUAAACUAAAACUUGAUGAUCAACAUCAGUCAUCUGCAGGACCUCAGCAGUCAACCCUUCGGAUGUCUGCUACAUCUCAGCAUUCUCCAACCUCUACAGACUCAUCAACGUCUUCAGAUUCAGAGGAUUCUGAGGCCUUGCUCAAAAAGAAGAAGCAAAAGAAAAAGAAAUUGAGGAAAUCAAAGACUGAUUAUUUCAGCCGAGUGAGAACACCAGAAGAUUCUAUCAAACGGUAUGAUACCGUUUUGGAGCUGGUGAAAAAAGGUCUAACGAAGUCGGAGGCGUACUGCAAGACACGCGUGGACAGAAAUACAAUUGUUAACCAGGCCCAUAUAGCAGAGUUGGCAGUGGUUAAUCCUGAAAUGUUCCGUGCCCUGAGGGUUAAUUUCAGAAAAGGUAGCAACUUGCAAAAGUUUGCUAAGCUUUGUGAAGACCAAUGUUUACUUAAAAUCAACCAAACCAGGAUAUGUGCACUGAAAGAGAAAGGGGAUCUGCUUGACAUUAACAGGAAGUAAGGGCACUGGAGGAUUCUUAGAUUUUGAUCUGAAAUUAGUACGAAUGUACAAAUGCACAGAAGAACAGUUUUUGUUUGUCUAAAGAAAGAGCUGGUUUAUUAAGAAGAACCUACUAAAGUAAUUAUAUGUUUAUUAUUAUUUUGAAAUGAAGCCAUAAAUGUUCAAUGCCUUUGUUAUAAGUACGGCACCCCUGGUAACUGACAGAUAUCCCUGUUAAAAAUCCAGCUCAAGACCAGCUGGUCAUCCAAAAAAAAAAAUACCCUAUGCUGGUCAAGAGCUAGUUAAUGAGCUAGCCAACUAUCAUAAAGUACCUUUUUUCUAGAUGACCAGCUGGUCUUGAGCUGAUUUUUUUUUUUAUAUUUUUAAAAAAGAACUGGACUUUUUUUAUUUUGAUGCAGCUUAUGUUGUUUUUCCGAAAGUAAAAAGUAUAUUUUUUUCUGUUUAGAAAUGUGCUAAAGAAUUAGCAAUAGUUUUUGUUAGAAGACCAGGCUGUGAGCCUUUUUUGUUGUUUAGAAAUGUGCUAAAGAAUUAGCAAUAUUUUUUGUUUGAAGACGAGACUGUGAGCCUUUUUUGUUGUCGAAUCUUGUUUAGAUAUUGUCUGUAUACGUUCAUAGUCACUUUAAUGUGCUUUCAUUGACAGACAAAAAAUAAAAAUGUUACAAAAAUGUUGUCUCUUUUA